AUGCAACCAGCGGGUUUUGCCGAACCCCCCGAGGGUCCCGGCGCAACAUCGGUGGGCGGCGAGUGGCUCGACGGCUCGGUGAGCGCCCGCCGUAGGAGCUCGUCCCGCGGCUCUCGCGGACUGGUCCAUCCCAUCUCCUCGCCGUCGCCGGGCAAGUCGUCGACUCCAUCGUCGCCGUCAAAGUCUUCCCCUUCGCCACGCCCCGGGCGGAAGCGCCGCAAUGAGGAUGGCGACAACAACGACAUUGUCGCCGCUCUCGCCGCUGCUGCCGCAAGCGCCGGCCCGACGGCCGGCUUUGUCGACAACCUCACGAUCGACUGCUAUGGCUCGGAUACCGGAACAUCGAUCGGUGAGCUCACGCCGCGGCGGAUCAGUGCCCGGCUCCGGCAACAGCGGCGGAACAAGGAGAAGCAGGCAAGUCGCGUCGCGCCCGAGGCUGGGUCUGACAAGCGCCAGCAGAAGAAGGCCAAGCAGAAGAAGGUCUCGAUUGGCAAGGGGAAGGGUUCGGAGUCGGACUGGUGGUCGGACGACGAGGGUGCGAGUGGAGUGGCUGGCCAUGCCGAGAAGAGUGAGCCCAAGACUGUGGGAGCGGUGGAAGCAAAGGGAUCGGCAUCAAAGUCGAACUCGAGCUCGUGCUCUGAUACUGGCACGGUCCAGUUUGCGCGGCCUGUGGUGGACAUGACAGGGCUGAAUGAGUACCACCCGUCGCCAGCCGGCUACAGCGACGGGUACAACGGCGAUGCAUACGAGCCCGAGUGGAUGGGCACGCUGGAGGAGACUGCGGCGCGGUGCUCGUCGCCGGGGCGGACGCGGUACGCCAAGCGAAUUUACUCUGUGGCCAUGCCGAACGUACACCUUCCCGCGGCGGCGCAAUCGCAUUCGAAGCGGUGGAUUUCGUCACACCCGCAGGAGCUUGUCGAGGCCGUGGCCAAGUCGCUUCCUGUGAGUGCGUACCAGUCCGCGCCGCAGUCGCUCAACAUCACGCUGGCAGCGUCGUCGAUAGGCGAUCCACUGGUGGGCAUCACGCCUACGGGCGAGCGCGUGACGCGGUCCGCUAUGGCCGAGUCGCGGACAAUCGACUGGCGCGAGCUGUACCAGUCGUCGGAGAAGCACAGAAGCGCGGCGAAGCGGUAUCAGGAGGAAAACCCCCUGGCGGCGCGGUCUCUGUCGUCGCCGGUGCGGCCGGUCAACCCCGAGUACGGGUACGGUGCGCAUGGGCUCUCGCGCGGGGCGGUGGACCGGCAGCAGCUUCUUGCGGAGGGCAUCGACCUUGUGUUCAAGGGAGGCGGGGCAAAGGGCAACGUGUUCAUCGGAGCCAACCAGGCGCUUAUCAAGCGCGGGCUCAAGCACCGGCGGAUUGUGGGCACGUCUGCCGGAGCGUUCAACGCCAUGAUGCUGGCCAUCGGCGUGCCGCCUGCGGAGCUGCACAGGACCAUCCUGUCGGACAUGCGGAACAACGUGGGCGAGGUGAAGCCGGCGAUGGAGGCUGUCAUGCUCGACCUGCCGCUGCCGAAGGACUGCCCCCAAGAAGACCGCGAGGACUCGCUGGUGAUGAAGGCGCUCCGAGCGAUCUCGCCGCCGCUGGUGCCCCAGGUUGUGGACUCGAUUCUGCAGUGGGGCGUGGUCAACAUGCUCUUCAACCACUCGCAGCUGUUCCGGCUCGGGCACUCUGUGGUGGAGCUCGGCGGAGCGCUUGUGGGCGAGAUGGUUGUGCACUACCUCAACGACCUCAUGCACGAGUACUACCCCGAGGCGCUGGGCCACAUUCCGGAGCCGACGCUGGAGGACCUGUACCAGGCAACGGCGGCAGACCUGACGGUGGUUGCUGCCGACGUGACCAACGAGCAGCGGCUGAUUCUCAACCACCGGACGGCGCCCAACUGCCCGGCGGCGUGGGCGGUGCGGAUGUCGAUGGCGCUGCCUGCGGCGUACCGGUACGUGGUCUGGCGGGAGGAGUGGGGUCUUUACAUGGGCGGGAGCGAGGUCAUCGGGGCGCGGGUCGUCGACGGCGGCAUUGUGGACGUCUUUCCGCUCGACCUCCUCCUUGACUCGGACCCUAUUGUCAUCCACGCCAUGGGCCGUGAGCACGAGUUCAAGUACGAGGCAGACAUGCGGCCGAUGAUCGGCUUCCUCAUCGACGACGACCUCGAGGUGCCGGACGCGCCGCCGCCGCCGCACACCGAGUCGAGCGGCAUCGUCGCCGCCGUCACCUCGUUUGGCCCGGUCAAGUACCUCUCCGGCAUGCUUGACACUGCGCUCUCUGCCGGCUAUCACACCAUCCAGGAAGCAUUCCCCGACCUCGUUUGCCCGCUCCCUGCACAGGGCUACGAUACAAUGGAGCUCGCCAUGACUGCCGAGCGCCUCGAGGCGCUCAUUGCUGCUGGCGAGGCUGCAACCGACAAGUUCCUUGACACUGUCUGGCCGCUCACCCGCAAAACCCGCUCGCCGCUGCGGCGAAUCGGUAUCUAA